AGUCGUUUCCCUUUAAAUGAUAAGUCACUCGUUUGACGCAGACGAGAGAUUUAUAUCGGGCAAAUUGUAAAGCUUUGCUUUGUGCACGAACCACGUAAUCCUGUUUUAAAUUUAUUAGGUUAGCCGACAAUAAAUUAGUAAAUUCUGUAGUCCGCUGACCCGGAAACGUCGCUUUAAUGAGAUUUUUAUUUUAAGGAUAUUCAAAGGACCCCGGUUCUUAACAACGCUGCUAUGGUAACAUUUUUAUGUCGGGCUAUACAAGUUCAUGUAUCAUUAUGUAGGAUUAAUUACAUUUCGACUUUGUUCCCGCAUGUCGCUCGCCGGUACCUGCCGCCGCUGAUGGUGUGAACGCGUACAACAUGCAGUAUACGGCAAUGCAUUGGGCUUGUAAGCGCGGUGAUGAAAAUUUGGUCAAACUCUUGGGCGGAGUCACUAGGCAAGUGGUCAAUGAACGAUCGAAUGGGGGAUACACACCUCUGCAUAUCGCGAUGCAGUUUCGUCACGAGAAUGUUUGCAAACUAUUAGAAGGAGUUUAUGAUGCUGACCCGAAUGUUCGCGAUUGGUCGGGAAGGAAGCCGAGACAGUACCUAGUCCACAUGGACACAUCACUGUCACCAGGAUCAUACAGAAAAGCAGACUCAUAUGAUUUACGACGGACUGUUACCUCUCCUCCGGUCUUAAGAGUCACUCCGAGCUCGAUUAAUGCUCAAUCAAAAAAAGAAGGAUUUCUCCGCAUUGGUUCGCUUAACGUGAGAGUGAAGAAAACAACGGAAGCGUUUAGCAACUUCCUAGGCGUGGGCGCAACUAGGUCUUCGGCAUACUUACCUAAGUCAGCUCGCGACCGUGAGGAACGGCGGUCGGAGGAUAGCGACCAGCUCAAGAGUUGGGGUUCCGCUGACAAUAUACAGAAAGACGACAAACUGAUGCCACCACCUAAUAGUAACAAAGUGCGCCGCCGCGGCGCUAGCGGUCGCCGGGGGAUCGGAGCAGCGCAUAGCCGAAGCACACCGUCUACACCCGACCAGCCACGAGCUCAAAUUGGUGUGAGUGAAGAAGGAGACUCCGAUUCAGACUCCGCUGCAGGAUUCCACUCAGCAUGGCGACAACAAAGAGCUUCGCACUGCACAUAAAUAUAAGUUAUCAGAUACAUUGUGCCUUAUCCAGAUACAAAAAAUUACUUCAUUUGACAUGGGCAGCUGGACCAACAAAAUAUUUUUUGAUAAAAACCAAAACCAGCAUGAGAAUCUAUUAAAAUUAAAUAAUAAUUAAUCAUUUAAGCAAGUAACAAUCAUCUUGUUCUAUUUAAAUAGAAAUGAAUUGAAAGAUGAGUAUUUUACAUUAACAUAAUGUAGUCAGAUCUAAUUA